GCGCGUGAUAAAUGCAUUUAUAACACAAAAUACUAUAUAAAAUGAGUAAAAAGUUGAAAUUGACAGUUUUGAAGACGUCGACAUCUUUAAGAUCUAGUCAACGAAUUAAUACUAAAACACUGCUUCAAAAUUCACCUUAUUUUAGUCAACAAAAUGAUCAUUCAUCUAAGAUAAAAGAUGUAAACAAUGAUAAAUCUAAGGAAAUUAACAAUAAAAUUGAUGAGGAAGGUAUAUCAGAAGCUACUAAUGAAUCAGAAAAACCAAAGAAGAAAAGAAUCACCAAAAAACAAAAUGUACCAAUUAAAAUAGAAUAUGAAGAAUCGAAUGAAGUUAAACCACAGAUUAAAAGCGAUGAUAAAGUUCCUAUAACAAAAAUAAAUAAAAAAGAGAAUACAAAAAUUAAAGAAACAGAAGAUACAUCUGGUUGGGAACCGUCCAAUUGGAAACGUAUUUUAGAAAAUAUACAAGAAAUGCGAAAACAUAAAACUGCACCCGUAGAUGAAAUGGGUUGUCAUAAAUGUGCAGAUCCAGAUGCUAAUGAUUCAACUUAUAGAUAUCAAUGUUUAAUAGCGUUGAUGUUAAGUAGUCAAACUAAAGAUCAAAUAACUCAUGCAGCUAUGAAACGUUUAGUUACUUAUGGUUGUAUACCAAGUAGUAUAAUGGCUAUACCUAAUGAUGUUCUUGUAAAGCUUAUACAACCGGUCGGAUUUGCUAAUAGAAAAGCUGAUUACCUCAAAAGAACUUCUACUAUUUUGUUGGAUAAAUACAAUGGCGAUAUUCCAAAGACUAUAAAAGAGUUGUGCGAUUUACCCGGGGUAGGUCCAAAGAUGGCACACAUUUGUAUGCAAAUAGCGUGGGGCGAAGUAAGUGGUAUUGGUGUAGAUACGCAUGUACAUCGUAUCUGUAAUAGACUUAAUUGGGUAAAAAAACCAACUAAAACACCAGAAGAUACUAGGAGAGAAGUAGAAGAGUGGUUGCCUAAAGAAUUUUGGAAUGAAAUAAAUCAUCUUCUCGUUGGAUUUGGUCAAGAGAUUUGUUUACCUCGCUUUCCUAAAUGCAAAGACUGUCUUAACAAAGAUAUCUGCCCUUCUGCCAAAAUAAAAUAAAGUAGAAA